AUGGGUUCGCCAUUAGGACCACUAUUAGCAGAUAUUUUCAUGGCCAACUUAGAAAACCGAGUACUCUCAAAACCCAUAGAAGAAUCCCCCAUCUACAAACGACAUGUGGAUGACAUCACAUGUGUAUACGAUGCUGACAAGGAUGCUGAUAUCCUGUUGGAGAAAUUCAAUGGAGCUCAUCUGAAAAUAGAGUUCACGCUGGAAAAGGAAUCUACAAACGGUCUCGCAUUUUUAGACACUUUCUCAUUUUGA